AUGGUGCUGGUACUGUUCGAGACAGCUGGUGAGUCCCCAAGCAAGGUCGUUCCAGCCUAUGUUUCUCUUGUCCAUUUCUCACAGCGGCUCUACAUUCAUUCUCACUCGCAGUGGGCUUUUGCCUGUUCAGGCUCUCGGAGCCUGGCGCGUUGACGUCCAAAGAUUUGCACAAGCAGUUUGAAUCGGCGGAUUCAGCCUCGCGUCUAGUGAAGCUGAGCGCCAUUCAUCGGUUUCAGUCCACAGCCGAGGCGGUGGAGGAUGUGUCGGCAUUGGGGGACGGCAAAAUGUCCAAAGGUCUGAAAAAGUUCCUCACCUCGGAGAUCGUUGAUGCACAGCAAAAGGAGCAAUUGGUCGUGACUGAUCCCAAGUUGGGAGGUACGAUUUCCAAAAAGCUAGGCAUUCAAGUCACUUCAGACUCUUCCGUCUUGGAACUCUACAGAGGCAUCCGUCAGCACUUGGCCCCCCUGCUCUCGCUCAGCUCGCCUGAUGGCGCUACUUCGAACGGCCUCGACCCUAGAGAUCUCAACACCAUGUCAUUGGGUCUCAGCCACAGUCUGUCUCGGUACAAGCUCAAGUUCAGCCCGGACAAGGUAGACACCAUGGUCGUGCAAGCGGUCGGUCUUCUGGACGAUCUGGACAAGGAGCUGAACAUUUACGCCAUGAGGGUCAAGGAAUGGUACGGCUGGCAUUUCCCCGAAAUGGGCAAGCUGAUCACGGACAACAUCGCCUACUCCAAAUGCGUGCUUGCCAUGGGUUUCAGAACUUCUUGCAGCACGACCGACUUUAGCGAGAUUUUGCCGGAGGAGCUGGAGGAAACAUUGAAAGCUGCCGCAGAGAUCAGUAUGGGAACGGAGAUUUCAGACACGGACUUGAGCCACAUUUCGAGCUUGGCAGAACAAGUCGUCAAGAUUGGCGCAUAUAGAGCUCAGCUUUGGUCCUACUUGCAGACUAGGAUGGCAAAUAUUGCGCCCAACUUGACUGCGCUGGUAGGAGAGCUUGUUGGCGCCAGACUCAUCUCUCACGCCGGUAGCUUGCUGAACCUUGCAAAACACCCAGCUUCGUGAGUGACGUGAUCAAGCUAGAGGUGUGAAACGCUGGCAAUCUGGCGCUGAUUACGGUUCUCAUCAUCUCCCUAUCUGCUCGCAGUACCGUCCAAAUUCUUGGUGCAGAGAAGGCCCUUUUCAGAGCACUCAAGACAAAGCACGAUACACCGAAGUACGGACUGAUUUACCAUUCUUCUUUGGUUGGUCAAGCGCCUCAGAAGCUAAAGGGAAAGGUGAGGCUCGUGGAGGUGAAGCCGUUGAUUAGACGCGUGAGCUCAUUUGAGAAUUGCAUUCCUUCACAGAUGGCAAGAAUGGUUGCUACCAAGGCAGCCCUUUCGAUCAGAUUGGAUGCGCUAGCAGAUGCGGAAGCCGAGACUGCCCCCACGAUUGGUCUACAAGAGCGAGGACGACUGGAAGCGCGGCUGAGAGGUCUGGAGCAUCGUACGGACGUUGCCGGCUUACGAUCCGGACCUGGCGCUGGUCCCAAACAGACAGCGUUCACGCCUUCAGGCGGCAGGACGUACAACGCAGCUGCCGAUUCCGUGCCUGCGAGACAGUUUGGCACACCCUCGUCGAAUGCUGCUGCAGCAUCUAGCUCUUCCAAGCCUAUGGACGUGGAUGCAGUACCCAAUGGCGAGGCCAAGCUCAGUAAGGAGGAGAGGAAAGCGCAAAAGAAGGCGAGGAAAUCGGCAGCUGCGGAAAGCGAGGUGGACCUCUCCAUCACGCAGACGGAUGCGAGUGCGGAGUUGUCAAAGGAGGAACGCAAAGCCGCAAAGAAGGCUGCCAAGGCGGCUGCUGCCGCCCAGGACGCCGGCGCGGCAGACGCUUCGACUUUGCUCACAGAGGAACAAAAGAAGAAGGAAAAGAAGGAAAAGAAGAAGAGAGCGGCUGAGGCUGAAGCUGCAGAGACGGAUGGGGAUGCCUUCAAGAGGGAGAAGAAGAAGAAGCGCAAAUCUGAAGGCGCCUGA